AUGGCUCGAAUGUUAGAGACGGCGAUGUCCGCAAUCCAAGAAGAAAUCAACAACGAGGUGGAACGCUAUCAAGCUGCUAUCCAAGCGUGGAACGAGCAACACGACCGGGUACCGCGUACUCGGAUGUAUAUCCACCGAGACCGUGAACAAGCUGGUUUGCGGCUUUUCAUGGAUUAUUUCUCUGCAGAUCCUCGAUGGAGUGAUCAGAUGUUCCAUCGCCGGUUCCGGAUGCGGAUGCAUGUGUACCUGCACAUUGUCAACGCAGUUGUAGUUCGUGACGCGUACUUUAUGCAAACCUUCGAUGCUGUCAGGCGGCAAAGUAUAUCGACUUUGCAGAAAUGCACAUCCGCCCUCCGCCAACUCGCUUACGGAACAACUGCAGAUAUGUUUGAUGAGUACCUCCAUGUGAGCGAGCAUACUGGACGCGCUUGCCUAGCCAAAUUCUGUCGGGCAGUGAUCGAAGCAUUCAAGGACACAUACUUGAGAAAACCAACGUCCGACGAUGUUCGCAGAUUAGUGCGAAUGCACGAGGAGACCCACGGCUUCCCGGGGAUGCUGGGCAGCAUCGACUGUAUGCACUGGCAGUGGAAGAAUUGUCCAAUGGCUUGGAGAGGAGCAUUCACUAGCGGGCACAAGGGCACACAUCCAACGAUUGUGUUGGAGGCCGUUGCCGACCAACGGUUGUGGAUCUGA